AUGAGACUCAGCCGCACUCUCGCUGUGGGCGUCCUCUUGCUUGCCCGCGCCUCAGCUAACCAGGGAGCAGCAGCAGCAGCAGCAGCGGCAGCAGCAGCAGCAGCAGAGGGGGAGAAGGCGGGGCCUGGAAGCGCUGCAGUUGCGGCCUCGCCGCCUCCGCCUCCCCAACAGAGUCCUCUUGAGGCCCCUUGCGCUCCCAAAGCCCACGCGGCUAAGGACACCCCCGCGCUGGAAGAGCCCGCAGCUGCGCUGCAGCAGAAAGCCUCUGAAGAAGCGCCAGCUAGGGAGGUGGGAGAAGAGCUGCAGCAGCCAAAGACCUCUCCCGUAUCUGCUGCUGCUGCAGCAGCAGCUGCUGCUGCUGCUGUUGCUUCCCUCCCCGCCCGCGGCGGGCCAGAGCCCAGCAAAGAGCCUAGGAAAGGCAGCCGCAAAGCCGAAGUUAGUAAAAGAACGAAAUAUGAAGAGUCGAGAAAGAUGAAGAGGGCCUUCAGCGAGGACAGCGCAGAAAGUUCAAGUCCGCAGGAAGCAGCAAGCUACACAAGGCGUCACGCGGAGGAAAGAGGCGGCAGCCACGAACCUCCUCGAGACAAAAAACGCCAUUUGAACUCCGUAAAAAUAAAAAGACCGAAAAUAUUCGCGAAGAGAGAGAGCAGCUGCAGCCGCGCGACCUCCGGAUUCACCCGAAACAGCUACAGGGCAAGACCUGAAUGGAACGACUCCGAGGACGACAGCAGCGACUCGGACGCCAGCGGCGGCGAAUUCGCCGCGCAAAUUGGAGAAAGCAGAGGCAAAACGAAAAUAAAAAAGAAAAAAAGCCCUAGUCACCAAGAAAAAAUGCAAGUCGUGCGCACCAUGCAGCUCUUGAACGCCCUGCUGAAGCAGCAGAAGAACCACGCCAUGCAAUAUUCAACUCUGAACGACGCCCGACUUGACCCCACGGCCCUCGCCGUGUCUUACGAAAACAUGUUGACGCAAGUUCACAAGAAGCACGCCUCCCUGGAAGACAGCAGCAGCGACGAGGUGAGGGGGGAGGAAGGCCUGACUUGGGCUGCAGCGCUGAUCCUGGCGAUCCCGCCUUCGAUCCUGGCCAUCCUGCUGGCGCAGCACAUCGCCAAGCGGCAGCUGCAGCCGCGGGGGGCCCCCGGGGGCCCCGGGGGCCUCGCCGUGGCCAAGGGGCGUUUCGGGGGCCUCGCGUCGGACCUGGAGAUGGACUCUGAGAGUUCUUCAGAGGGGGACUUCUUAAGGGCUGAGGGGGAGGCCCAGUCUUACGCUGAGUACCACCAGCCCCUCUCUGCACUUAUUCGCAGGCCCGGCAGGCUCCUGGGCGGGCCCCCAGCUCGCCAGGCCCCGCGCCUGUGGCUGCACGGCCCCGGGGGGGGCCCCCCUGGGUACUACGGCCGCCACGGCCCGCGGGGCCCCUACGGCUAUCCAGAGCUGCUCGAGGGGGGCUCACCCCUCCUCGGCUAUAGGCAGUACCCCCGGCCCUUCCCGCACGCUGCAGCUGCUGCAGCGGCGCGUCCGCCAGCCCACGAGUUCGCAGAGGCUGACGAACUCAGCGACGCCGCCUGGGCCGCAGCCCCGGGCUUCAGCGGCCACCCCCAGGAGCUGUUCAUGCACGGGGGCCUCUGA